AUGCGUCACAGAGCUAUUCAAAGCAAUCUGUCAUUCACUUUUCCAACCGAUGCAAAAACUGAUCAAGAGUUCACCUCUUCCAAACAAGCUAAGCAAACCGCUACAGGAGAUGUUCCCGAUCCAAUAAUUGUUUCGAAUGAUCCUCCUCUAAAGUUCCUAAGUGAAGAAACUCCCAAGCCUCCUGACGAAGAACAAUAUGAGGAUGUCAUGUUUGAUGAUGACCGUACAUCUGUUGGUGCAAUUCCAAUCCUCACAACCUUCAAGUCAUUAGAGAAGCCCUCAUCUUCCAAACCAGCAUACGAUUUCAACCUUUUCUCCUCCCCCUCGAAAGAAGAAGAAUUAAAUCUUGAUGCCAACACUCCAAGAAAUCAAGGAAAUGAAACUGAAACCAAUCCAAUUGAUAAUCCCACUCCUUCGAAACUACAAGAUGAUGAUGUUGGUGAUUACAAUGACAAACAAUCUGCGAGUUCUACCUCAGACACAAUAUCUUCGAAUGAAAACAUAGUAGAUUGUUUUUCCUGGUUAGAACAAAGAGACAACGUUGUUAGUGUUAUAUCUAAGGAUACGACUAUUCGCACGAUUUCUAACCUGAGGAUCAUCACUGCCACUUCGUAUCCAAACGAGAACGCGAAUUCGAUGUGA